AUGGCUUCCACCGCUAUGGAUUACGAGGCCGCCAACGGCGACCGCUACGAUGACGAGGCUCCUCGUUACGAGCGCGACAACCGCAGCGCCUCCCCUCGCCCUGCGCGUGAUGACGGAGACUCUGGACGUCGUCGCUCUGCUUCGCCCUCUGGCAACGGUGAUCGCGACCGCGACCGUGGCGCCAAGGACGAGACUGGCUCCCGAGGUGGCGACCGUGACGAUGACGGCGCUAUCAACCCUGGCUCCAACCUCUUCGUCACUGGCAUUCACCCCCGCUUGACCGAACAGGAGGUCACUCGCAUGUUCGAGAAGUACGGUGAUGUCGAGAAGUGCCAGAUCAUGCGCGACCCCCACACCAAGGAGUCCCGUGGCUUUGGCUUCGUCAAGAUGGUCACUUCUGACCAGGCCGACGCCGCCAAGGAGGGCCUGCAGGGAGAGCAGAUUGAGGGACGAACCCUGAGCAUCGAGAAGGCUCGUCGUGCUCGCCCUCGCACUCCCACUCCUGGCAAAUACUUCGGCCCCCCCAAGCGUGGUAAGCAUUUAUUCUGUCAACAAACUUUCAGGAGAAUUCACUAA